AUGCAAUUCCUCAGCAUCAUAACUAUUUUCUCCUUCACCACAGGAAUCUAUGCUGGCUGCUACACCAGUGGCAUCUCCGGCAGCGCAGUCAAUAUAAAUUCUUAUUUAGGAACCAUCUGUAACGGACUCUCUGGAAAAUAUGUCAAGAAUGAGCAGCGACACCAAUGCGUCAUGGAUAGCGCUAGUGUCCAAUGGGACUUUACCCUCAAGUAUAUUGGAUCCGAUUCUUCCAGGAACAUCGGUUCAACUGAGUGCAUCAGUGGCAUGCAGAAAGAAACCGCAUGCGGCAAGGGUGGAUCUUCUUCCUAUUCGAACUGGGCGUAUACCGCCGAUCCAAAUGCCGGUUCUUGCUAUUCGAUCUCAAAAUAA